GCAGACUAUAAAAACCAGCACGGUUCAUUGGGUUUCUCAUAGUAUCCAAGUUCCCUUAACUGGAGUUGCAAACUUACAAAUAGGCACAGGUCAUUUUAUCUUCCAUAAUGUCGCUUCAUCUGAGAUCGACUCUAAAGAAAGCCGCUCUACUGGCCAACCGGAUUGGCACUAACGGCCAAAAAGCCGCACUUGGUCAACAUGCUCCAGCCUUCAAGUUGCAACCGACGCCAGAUGUAUCCAAGUUUGAAAACAACAUCGUUACAUCGCCGUACGGAGAUUGCGAUCUCCAUGACAUGACGAUGGUCCAAAAAAUUUUCGAAAGCGCCGGACGCUGGCCAAACAAAAUCGCACUGGAAUGCGGAAUAACUGGACGCAAGUACACCUACGAGAUGACCCGCCAGUUGAUCCGCCGUUUCGGAAGCGCAUUGACUCGCAUGGGGUACAAGAAAGGCGAAGUCUUUGGCAUCAUUUCGCCAAAUAUUCCGGAAUUCCCUAUCGUAUUGUACGGAGCCUCUGGUGCUGGGAUGCCCGUCUCCUUGGUCAACCCCACUUUUACUGCAGAGGAAAUGGCUCGUCAAUUUUCUGUUGUCGGUGCAACGGCUCUAUUUGGCGUGGCUCCAAUGGCCGAGACCCUGAAACAAGUUGCCCGACUUUGUCCAGCUAUUCGACACAUCAUUCUUUUGGGCCCUCCUCAGGAUGGCGCAGUCUCUUUCCAAUGGCCCAAGACUCCGGGGAUCUUUUCAACGAAACACCCGAUAUUAAUGUCAAGGAAGACAUCUUCUUGCUUCCUCAUUCUAGCGGAACAUCCGGAUUGCCCAAGAGUGUCAUGUUGACCCACUUCAACAUGACUUCAAACGCAAUGCAAUUUAUGCAACCAGGAGGCACCAACCUGCAAGUUGCUUCGACCAACUACCAGGACACGUACAUUUGUCUACUUCCUUUCUUUCAUACCUAUGGCAUCA